GCAUAUAUCUGUGCCGCGAAAUGGGGGUGUGAACGAGGCUUAAGAAUACGAGAUAAACUCAAACCGUCCAAGUGUCACUUUACCUGUCAACACAUUAAAGUUUCCUUAGAAUAACUCCGAGUUGAGUUAUUCUCAACUGUCAGGGAUAAAAUGAUUCACAGUUUAUUUAUAAUAAAUUCAUCAGGAGAUGUAUUUAUGGAAAAACAUUGGAAGAGUGCGGUCGCGCGAUCCCUGUGUGAUUAUUUUUUUGACCAGCAGCGCAGAGUUUCUUCGCCCGAAGAUACGCCGCCAGUUAUUGCAACGCCGCAUCAUUAUUUAAUUAGCAUAUAUCGCUGCAAUAUGUUUUUUGUCGCUGUGUGCAUGACGGAAGUUCCGCCAUUGUUUGUUAUCGAGUUUUUACACAGAGUGGUAGACACAUUUGAAGACUACUUCAGUGAAUGUACAGAAACGAUAAUAAAAGAGAAUUACGUUGUUGUUUACGAAUUGUUAGACGAAAUGUUAGACAACGGUUUUCCCUUGGCGACAGAAUCAAAUAUCCUCAAAGAACUGAUUAAACCACCUAAUAUUUUAAGAACAAUAGCUAAUACCGUGACAGGGAAGUCUAACGUGAGUGCAAUUUUACCAAGUGGCCAACUAUCAAAUGUGCCCUGGCGAAGAACUGGUGUUAAAUACACAAAUAAUGAAGCUUACUUCGAUGUCGUUGAGGAAGUUGAUGCUAUAAUUGAUAAAACUGGGGCAACAGUGUUUGCAGAAAUCCAAGGCUAUAUUGAUUGCUGUAUCAAAUUGAGUGGCAUGCCUGAUCUCACACUUUCAUUCAUGAAUCCAAGACUAUUUGACGAUGUCAGCUUCCAUCCAUGUGUUAGGUUCAAAAGAUGGGAGUCCGAGAGAAUAUUGUCCUUCAUUCCACCAGAUGGUAAUUUCCGGCUUCUGUCCUAUCAUAUCGGAUCACAAAGUAUUGUGGCAAUUCCUAUAUACGUGAGGCAUAAUAUAAGCCUAAAGGAAUCUGGUGGCGGCAGAUUGGACAUUACAGUUGGGCCUAAACAAACUGUUGGGAGAACCGUAGAAAAUGUUAAUAUCGAAAUUCCCAUGCCAAAAUCAGUGUUAAAUUGUAGUUUGGUUCCCAAUCAAGGAAAGUACUCUUUUGAUCCAGUGAGUAAAGUACUCGUGUGGGAUAUUGGAAGAAUAGAUGUUGCAAAAUUGCCCAAUCUUCGAGGAAGCAUCACUAUCCAAAAUGGGGCAACUGUCACGGAAUCAAAUCCUGCUAUCAAUGUUCAUUUCACAAUCAACCAGCUUGCUGUAUCUGGCUUGAAAGUAAACAGGCUCGAUAUGUAUGGUGAAAAAUAUAAGCCGUUCAAAGGUGUAAAAUAUAUUACAAAAGCCGGUAGAUUUCAAAUCAGAAUGUGAAUCCUCACCACUAUCAAUUUUAAUAUGUCAAAGGUAGAAAAUAUAUUACUUAUU